GAAAUAUCCCAAACCCAAAAACCGUGAUUCGGGCAAACAAUUGUGAAAUUAUGCUACGGUUUCUGAGUACCAAUGCGUUUCUUUGAAAUAAAAGUAAAUGAAGUAUUUCUAAAUCCUCAAUUUGACACAGUAUUGUAGUAUAGCAUGUGAAUGUACAUUCGUGCACCAAACUGAAAGUUUACCCAAUCACCGGCUGACUUCCAUGCAUGUCAGCAAAUCAGAAAACCACAGCAAUCAGAAAUGUCUAUCAAAAGUCUAUCAAGAGUCGUGAGUUUCCUCAAAUACUCAAGUUAUUAUUCUGACCUAUAAACUCCUCCAUGUAGUGUUUCAAAAUUAAAAUUCCUGAGUCAGUGAAAGGAUGUUUUUUAAUUGCUACUUUUUUUGAGAACUUUAAUAAUUUGUUUAAAAUAGUAGUGCAACUAGAAAAGUCUGUGCAUGUAGGCAAAUGCUGUGUUAACUUUGCAGGUACCGGUACCUACAUGUAGUGUGGACCAAAAGAGAUUCACUGUCCACUCAAGGUUACCCUCUUCCUGAAUAACAAGCUUAGAGGCAUUUUGGGGUGUUAUCUUCCGCAAAAGGAAAAGGAAAAAUGAGGGAAACCAUCAAAAAACUAGUUUAAAAGAGUGUUCAAAGUACCAGAAAUGUGUAUUUUCACAGCAUAUGAAGCAAGAUAUGAGACAGAGAGAGCCGCCGCUACUUUGUGUUGGUCAUUGUUUCACUGGAAUCCAAGGAACUCUGUUAGUGUUACGACAUCUAGGGGGAUGUGUUAGGUAACAAUAGUCUAGAAUGUGUACAGGGAUUGGACAUGUUCAGGGGUACCCCUCGGUCUCAUUUCUUGCUAGAUAUAUUUCAUAGAAUUUUCUUGACUACAUGUAAACCAAUUAUAAAAUUUACAAUACCUAUAGUAGAUAUGUAGGUGACAUUUAUCCAGGUUUAUUCUGUGUCAAAUUUGUAACCCAGCUGUGCCUGGCAUUUGAUUGUAUUUCACUGAUGAAGUUAUCAAAAUGCCCUGUUAUGAAAUUCUGAAGUUACAUGUACAUUACCCAAUGAUGUCAUGUGACUCUGCAGAGUUACCAGUGUUUUGUAAUAAUUUCUUGUGGAAGGUUAUAGCAGUUUGAACAAUUCUGUACAGGAAGUGCAUUUCCCCUUUUCGCCUUAACAAAAGUGCUCCUUGUUAUAAGUGCACUGUAAGUUAGGAAAUAAAACUAGUACGUGUACAACUGGUCCUCAUUUAGGAAUGCGCAUAUUUUACUUCCUUGUUUGCCGACUGCUAUAAAAAGGUGGGAGGAAUUAGCUGUUGUUCAGCAUUUGCUGCUCGUACCCGGCAGGAGAGCAUGCAUUAUCAUUACACUGUUAACUUUGUCCAGUGACUUCUGCAGUGCAGGUGUGCCAGCUGAACAUACAGGUGCUUCUGUUAGACACUUGGCAGGUGCAAUAAGUUGGAGGGAGCAAAUUUACAUGACAGGUAUAGGGACAGCUAGGUGCAGGAUGAACUUAGUCAGUGCAUGGUCAGUGCAAGGGGAUGCAGUAAACUUUGAAGUCAGGUUUCAACUGCAGUGGUAAAUUGGUGCCUCAUGGGUUGCAGGUGUACAACUGGAUGUCACUGUUGUAAGUUUUAAAAUGUCGCACAUGUAAGAAGAAAUACAGAAUCUACAUGUACAGGCACCUGUGUCACCAGCUGACGUUUCAAUCCCACAUCUGAAUUUUGAUUUUGGAAUUUGGGGGCUGUCUUGGAGUGGUAUGACUUGUCUGCGGACUUAGUUGGACUGAUGUAAAAUGGAUGUUUCUACCAUGCUGAUGGACAUGAGGGCACCAGUAGCCUGAUAUGGUCACCCCGAUGUUGGAUGACAAACUCCAAUCAGCAGUAGGGGGUAGAGAGGAAGGAGCCGCCCGGUCCCGAAAUGUCUGAGCUCAUUCUCGCCGCCAAGCGAGGGCUGUACCACCGUGUCUUGGCCGAGGUCAGGGAAGGUGCCUCCAUCGAUGCCACGGACAACGAGGAUGCAACCCCUCUGUACUGGGCAGCUUGUGGUGGACACUCUGAGAUCUGCAGGCUACUUCUUAGCAAAGGAGCAGACACCAACUUGGCUGUUCAGUGGGGGUCAACUCCCCUCCAUGCUGCAGCAGACAGAGGUCACACUGAUUGUAUCAAGUACCUCCUCAGAUAUGGUGCUGACAUCAACGCCCAGAACAACAAUGGCGACACGCCACUUCAUCUGGCCUCGUUCCGAGGCCACAAAGAGGCCUGCGUCAUCCUGGUAUCUCAUGGUGCUGAUCCCACCAUCCUCAACAACCACGGCAAGACGUCACACCAAGAAGCCCAAGGGGCACAGCACAAGGACAUCACCAAGAUCUUCACGGAAAAGAAAUCUGCUUAUCGAGCCUCGUCAUACCCACUUACAUUACCAGCAAGCAAGGAUGUUGCGACAACGAGACAAAGACUACGCGCGAGCGAUAGUGAUGAUUCGCUGCUACGGGCAAAGAAGACAAGCCUAAGAAAGAAUCUCCUCGCCUCAUCUCUGGAAAAGCAAGUAGAAAGGCGAGAAAGACCGGGAACCAAGCUAAUUCCGUGUAAUCUCAAUCGGCUCUCUGAUGAUCCAGGGAGCUCGCCAGCCUACCAUCACCACCACAGGCCGUUCUCGGACCCAACCCCUUCCCUACUUGGAGGCCCGCUAAACAUUGAGGAGUUCUCUGACCCAGCCAAGUUAAACAACAUCAUGUCAGAUGAAACAGAUUUCCAUCGAAGGCAGGAAGAGACUGAGCGGGAUCAUUACAUCGCGGCCAUUGACAGCCUCCAACUUAAGGUGGCAUUGCUGACUUCGCAAAAGGAAGCCCUGGAGAUGCAGCUUCGUGAGGGUGGCGGAAGCCCAAGCCAGGAGCUGAUCCGAAAGGAGUUAGAACAGAAACUUAGUGGAAUGACAAAAGAACUUGAGAAGCAACAUCUAGAAAGGAGAGCAUCAGAUGCUCGUAGUCGCCAACUGGCAAUGGAACUCUUUCGAUUAAAACAUUCAAAGCAGGGAUAUCAGAAAAGACCUUCUCUGGGUGACUUGCCAACCUGUUCAUCCUCAGAUACGUCUGUAGGAACAGAGAGCUUGAUCUCGGAGUACAAAAGCUUAUGUCGGAUGAAGCAGAACUCAGAAGGAUCGUUGACAAAGAGUAUUUGUUCCUACCUCCAAAAACCUUACCUAUGUCAGGACUCUAGUCUUCAGCACGUCUUUGCACUGAUGCAGGAAGGCAAGGCUGCCAUUCAGAUCCUGAAGACUUCCACCACUAACAGGCUGUGCUCGAUACGAUCAAGCCUGAAUGAACUGAAGGAAGAGUUAUCAAUUGACAAGGCUGGGAAGCAGUGGACUUUAGAGGAAGACUAUAAGGUUAUGGAUGGAAGGCCUGUUGACAGAGAGUUGAGGCAGUCUGAAGAUGGUUUGAUUGCUCAAAUGUGUGUUCGGGUCCUGUACAAGGAUCAAACAUACAUCAUGAAGGUGUUAAUGAGCCACAGACGGUCACCUAAACCACUAAUCCACCAGUGUACAGCAGACUCCCUAGGAGCUGAAUUCAGUGUUCUGGAGUCUUUAUGCGAUGCCCCUCACCCUCACAUCACAAGAAUAUGCCACCACUUCGAUGUUCCAACCUCUGAAUUGCGCAGUAUCUUUGAUGUUUCAUCGUUUCUGGACAGUGCCAGCUUUGGACCAUUGUCAGACAGGACUGCUAUGGUCAUCUUUCCAGAUUACUGUACAACUCUAGACCACUUGGUUUCAUCACUUGGUGUUGAUCACUCCUUGACCUCGUCCAGAUCUAUUCACAAUUCAUACGAGGCGUUUGUGCUACGACUGUUGCUGCAGCUCUUGAAAGCCUUAUCACACCUGCAGACCAAUGGCAUAGCUCACAGGGAUAUCAAUGCCAAAGCUGUCGUCAUCGACUGGAACAUGAAGUUGGUGCUCGGCGAGUUUGGGCAUGCAAGAAAGUUGAGAAAUGACGAAGGACAAGGAAUACCGUUCGUUGAGAAAAGCCAGAUCAGUGCUGGUAACCCCCUCGCUUGGUCUCCUGAGCUGCUGCAGUACUCUGUCAACGGACCACCAAAAUCGUGGCAGAAAGUUUUGACCCUCACAGAUGUGUAUGAAAGUUCAGAUAUGUACAGUGCUGCUGCCAUGCUAUGUAGCCUCUUCACUAAGCUGCCAAUGGAGGAGUCCACACAACAACCUGACAUGACAGCAAAGUCAUUACCUCAAAUUUCAUACCAGCCUCCUGGGUUUCUAUCCAGCGAAGUAAAGGCUCUGUUUGAGCGUCUUCUGAGAGAGAACCCAGCAGAGAGACCUACUUUGCAGGAGGCAACUUUGAGGACUGCUAUGUUGCUGUAUGGCCCAAGACUGUCUGCUGUCAACUCAGUUCAAGAUGUGGAUGCCUGGGUGCAAGCACAGGACAUCAGGAUGCUUGCAACACCUCCUCUACUUAACACAAGAGAACUGGAUGAGCUUGCAAGACGUCUUGACUGGGAGCUUUGCCAUGAUUACCUCCACUCCGUGUCAACCAGUGAGCUGUGGCAACUUUGUAAUGACCCACUAGUAGGAUGAAGAUCUUCAUCAUAGUCAUCAGUUGACAAGUUGCUUUUUGUUGUGACUCAGCAGGGGGCAUGCGCGGAUAGCUCUCUCCUUACAGCUGUUCAGAGAGUUAUUUUGCUAGGUGGGAGGCACGCAUGAAAGACACAUCACUUCUCCAGGUCACUUGAGUGAGUUACAAGGAUAGUGUGCCUGAAAGACUCACACUCCUAAGACCAGCAUUUCUUGUCAGGGAAGAUAUUUCAGGAAAUGUAAAAUCUAUCCUCCUAAAGCCUGUAAAAUCCAACACAUGGUUGUGCAUAGGUGAAGUGGGUGAAGAAGUGUUCAGGCCUGUUACUGUCACUUUACACAGGGCUAAGAUGUCCACAUUUUAGGAGGUUCAAAGAUAUGCUACAUAGAAUUUGGAUGCUGUACUUGAUGGAUUUUGCAAGAACUCACAAAGUACCCAGCAAAAAUGCCCACAAAGUUUGGGAUAGAAGGGUCACCCUGCUGUCAAUUGCCAGCAAUAUUUCCACAACUAGGCAAUGAAAAUCCAAAAUUUAUCCCAGUCCGCCCCGAGCUGAAAGGCACCUUCAAUCGGCAAAAAGAAAAACGAGUGGUUACAAGCAUGUAAGCAAAGACCAUACAUGCCAGAGUAACUUAGUCACGCGUACUCAGCGUGCUCUGCCUCAUGGGCGCCUAUGCCGGGUGAGUACCCAAAAAACACGCCCUCUUUUGUUCUGCUCGGAGCGGAUAGAAUGAACAUCUUACCAAAAAUCUGAGUGUGAAUUGUAGGGUUGAGGGAUACCCAGAAGUUACACAGUAUGCAAUUUGGCAGGCAUGCUCUUCAAGGAAAGCCUGUGGGGAAAAAAAAACAUAGACCCGAUUUCUGCUUAACAGCAGAAAAGUCUGGCUUACCCUAGCAGAAAAAUUUGCUAACCUUAAGCACUAUUUUAUGGUGGUGCUUGGCCAGGUUGUGCUUACGAUUGUGCUCACAUAAAGAUUUCCAUUGUUUUGUCACUAUGUUAAGCAAAUAUUUCCUCCAAAGUAAGCAAUGCCUUUUGCCAUGCUUACUGCCUCCAUGAAAUACACAUAGCCUCUGUUUACUGUAAAACUGUGUGCUUAGCAGCGCCAUGGAAUUGGGCCAUGGUUACUCCUUCAGAUCGGGUGCUGCUGUUCUCUUGACAUUACCACACUCUUCUAUGUCCAUACAUGGCAGCUACAUGUAAUCUAAAUACGUACUCCUUACAUGUGCAAGAGAUGCACCACUGCAGCAAUGAGGUGUCUGAGUUGGAUCACUUCAUCAGCUGUUGCGCCUAACUUUUCUGUAAAUAACUUCUAAAUUGUAGUGGAGCUUUGUCACAUGUGCGUGCUUGCUACUACCAUUUGCAGUGUAGGUAGUUGCUUGAUAUGUAGGUAUGCUUGGGGGAGGAAAGUGGGAAAAGGGCAGACUUUUGAUAUACCUCAAAAAAUGAGGGUUACUGCAUGUCACUAGUAGCCCUAAGCCUCAAGAUUUAGUAAACAUUUAUAUCUUUUGUAAGAUUUAGCAUGAUUGCAAGGAUAGCAUAAAAUGCUGGUUGCAUGUUUAAGGUUAUCCUGUUUAUAGUUAAAUUGAUGUUAAUUAAAUCAAUAAUAAAUAUUACAUUCUCCAUAGCUUUCAGAAAUAACGGCAAGUAGUUAGCUUUUAUAUUAAUUUGCAAGAAUAAAUAAUGUACAUGUAUGUAAGUAUUGCCAAUAUGCAUUAACUUUUAAGUGAUUUUACUUACAUCUAAAAGUUUUUACUCAGUUCUGAUGAAAUUCAUCAAGCCUAAUAAUCUCAGAGUAGACCUAUUCUGUAUUUCACAGAAUAUUGUUUCUUGUGCCAUGUGAUGCAGAGUCUGGAGGAAAAUGGCAAACUGCUGAAUAGAUGUUCAGGGUGAACAGAGGAAAUUGGCAAGGGAGGUUUGAAUCUAAACACUGAAAAGCCGUAGGGUCCAUAGCAAAACUGAUAGGGCUCCUCCUCAAAGAUUAGAGUAUAAAUAAUAGGCGGAAAAUAAGAGGUGCACAACUGAAGGCGCUUCCGUUUCAUCAAUGGUCCUAUGAAGGGGCGAACUGCGUGCACAAUGUUGGAAUGCCUUUGUCUUCACACAAGCAUGCUAUCUUUUGUCAUGACAAAAGUUUUCCAACAUUAACACAGAGUCAACCAAUAUUGCACAACGUGGCAAACUACCAGUGAGUGUGGGUUGAAUUUAUACUUUGACAAAAGUGAAAUCGUAAAACUAUUUGAUGAGUCAGAGCUCUUUUCCUUCAGACUUUCUGGCAGAAUAUAUGUAUGCUGUAACAGCGUUUUGGUUGUAUAUACAGUAAAAUAGCUGUUCGGCUAAAGUUUUUUCAUGUUUAAUUUUGUAAAAUAUCUAGUUACAAAUUUAAUAUAUUUUUAGCAUCUUUCAUCUGAUUAAUGAAUGCACCUCAUGAUUGUAAAAACAGAAAAAUUUUAAUUUUGAUUUAUACCUAAGACUGACAAGGAAGACUUGUUUCAGGCAAAGGCAUGCUUAGAUCUUGUAUAUGUUUUUCUCAAUAACUUUGUGAAGCUAAUUCCAUCUACAAACAUAAAAUAAAUUGCACUUUAACAAAGAGCUUUUUGCAAAAGAAUUAUACUUAUUUGUAAACAAUAGAUAUAAUGUUUUUCUAUGGUUGUAUUGGCUGUAAUAUGAUAACUUACCUAUGAUGUUCUAGGUAUUGUACAAAAUUUGUCAUUCAGUGUUUGUGUUACUGGUAUAAAGUGUCACAUCUCUUUACUUUUUUUUCAGUGUUCACCGUGGGUCAUUUUUGCAGUAAAUGCACUCACAUUUUUAAUGGAAGUUGUCAGAUUUGAGACAAGAAGUGCUUGGAAGUACAGGUUAAAGUGGCAAAAUUUUGAUGUAUAUUCUUUGUUUAAAAGACUGUUAAUUAAAAAAGGACUUUAGUUGUCCAAUGAAGUAACUCUGAUUUAGUAUUAAAUAUAAUUAAUAGGUGUGACAGUCAGUCAUAAGAUGUAAAGUUCCUUGGUGCCAUGCCUUGUUGCAGCAAUAUAUAACUAGAAGUAACUCAUGUCACAGGAUAGUCAUGGUUACAUAAGCAUUGUUGCAAAGGUAAAACAGCACUUCUAGUGCUUAAAGUAAAGAAAUCUGUAAAAAAAAAUACGGAAUGCUUGUGGCCUAAGUUCAUUUUUGUUAUCUUAGAACUGGUAUGCACGCCAAUUAAUGCACUGUGAAAGAAAAGAAUAAAUGGAUCAAGAGAAAUUAA